GUAAAAGUGUCGCGAAGCUUCAUCAGUUUUCGGCAGUGUUUGUUGGUGGCAUAUCUGUCUGCUUGGUGAGACCGUAAACGAACUGUCAGGUACCGUAGGACUAAUUAUUCUGCUAUUAACUGUCCAGAUUUGUUUUGGGGCAUUUGUCGAGUAGAUCAAUGUGUCUACACGGUCAGAAAUACAGAAGUAAAAAUGUAUAUUUCUUCUUUUCAGGUCGUGGACAUAGAAACACGUGUGUGCUGCUAACAGAGCUAUGAAGAUGAAGAAAAGACCAAACAUCCUCUUAACAGGUGAAAAGAAAUAAUUCAAGUCUGAUUGAUAUGAUUCAGAACUCAUCUGUUCACUGUUUUCAUCUUUAUGCUGCAGUUUAUCGACUAUAAAAAAUGAAAAUGAAGUUUUUGUUAGUAUUUGAAAAGAUCAUGACUAAAACUGAUUUGGAGAGGAGUAAAAAUUUUGAACUCUAAAACGAGAUUUUUGGUGUUUUAAGAAUUGAGAGAAAAAAGAAACAGAGUAAAUGAAAAAAAAAAAGUAUGCGUUUGGUGGAAAAAGUACAACUUCAAUUGCUUUACGUGGGGAUCCUGUGGCAAUGAUAUACACACCCCUUUAAUGCACAGCAUGGGUAAAAGAUAACCCACAUUCGUUUUCUAUAUGAUUUCAUGCUGGGUGAGUAUUUCUUUGCUAUAUAUUUUAAAAUCAAUUAAUUUUAUUUUACUCUCUUAUUUUAUUGACAAAAUGUGUUUUCCAAUCCAGGUUUAUUCAUAAAGCACAUUUAAAAACAACAAAACACUGACCAAAGUGCUGUACAGUAAAAAUUAAAAACAAUAAAAACAGACAAUUAACAUGAACAAUAAAACAAAGACACAGGAACACAUUAAAAACAGGGGGACAUAUAUGGUUCAGUAAAAACAUGAUUAAAAUGCAGAGUUCUCAAGUGUUAAAAGCCAGGGAGUAAAAGUGCGUUUUCAAAUUUGAUUUAAAAACAGGCAGUGAGGGGCACAAUCAGACAUGAAGAGGAAGAGCAUUCCAGAGCUAAAGGCGCAGCAACGGAAAAAGCCCGGUCACCCUUGAACUUUAAUCUUGACCUAGGGACAGUCAGAAGGCACUGAUCAGAGGAUCUGAGAGUCCGAGAUGAAAUGCAGGGAUUUAAAAGGUCAGAGAGAUAAAAAAGGAACAAGCCCGUUUAAAGAUUUAUAAGUUAAUGACAAAAUUUUAAAAGCAAUCCUAAAACGCACAGGAAGCCAGUGAAGAGAGGCUAAAGUAGGGGAAAUGUGGUCGUAUUUACAGUGACCAGAUAAAACAUGAGCUGCGGCAUUUUAAACGAGCUGUAAACGAUUAAGAGAGGUUUGGCUGGCACCAAAAUAAAGUGCACUGCAAUAAUCAAGGCGAGUUUUGUAUUAUUACAUCAAGUUUACACACAUGGGUCUAAAGUGGGACCCAUUUAUCAAAGUGCGUGGAUAAUGUGUGCUCACAGACAACAACCUCCACAACACUGGACUUUGGCGAAAAUCUGUUACGCAUAUUUGCAAACUAACUUUGGAUGAUAUGGACACUAUACACAUCAUAUUUUAAUUGUUAAGAAAACCAAGUCUCUUCUGCAACAGAAAUGACCUGUUACUCUCACCGUGGUGCUCCUUUUGUUUUAGAAACAGACACAUAGCCAAGCAAAUGACAUUUGAUUCUACGAUAAAUGAUAAAUGUAUACUCCUUUAAAUAUAGACUUGUAGUGAUGUGUCUGCUGUCUGUUUCUGACACCCCAUGCAUGUUGUAGCUCGUUGUUGGCCUGUGUAGGCUGUCUUCACACAUAACUAAUUCGACACUUUGUUGGCUGUACAUAAUGGUAGAAAUGUUGGUAUCCCUUAGAAGUGAUUUUGAGACAAUGCAGUGAUUUCCACUAAAGAGACAGGUCUAUUUUUAGUACAGGGCUGUAAGUAAGUUAACUUUAUUUGUAUAGCACUUUACAUAGACAGAGAUCACAAAGUGCUUUACAAAAUGGAGAGAGUAAACAAUAAAAUGAGAAAUAUAACAAAUAUAAAACAGUUUCACUCAACAAGAAAUGUAGUAAAAAUAUAAUUAAGGCUAAUUAAUGUAAUGAUUAUAAGCAAUAACUGACAGAAUAAGACUGGUAGUUUAGAGAAGUGAUAUUGUUUGAAAAUGUGUUGCCCACAUAUAUGCCUGUCUAAACAGAUAUGUUUUUAGCUGUUUUUUAAAAGUAUCAACAGAGUUGUCAGACUAUAAAGAAAAAAACGGCAGAGAAUUGGCAACAGCUUCAUAAGCACAAUCUCCACAAGUCCUCAGGCCUGUCUGUGGGAAAGACAGCAGGUGUUGAGAGUUGGACCUAAGGGAACAAGCUGCUGAGCAAGCGUGAAUGAGUUCUGACAGGUAGUCUGGGGCGUGAUCAUGAGGGGUUUGAAAAGUGAGUGUGAGAAUUUUAAAUUGUGCUGCCUGAAGGUCCCAACCAUCCAGUACUGGUUUUAGGCCAAGUCUCUUUUGAGACUUCUUAAGAUUCUCAGAAUCAUUUAACGUUGUGAACUCCAGACGAUGAAAUCCAUAAAUACUUUUUUUUACAGCUUUUGACAAGUCACAGCAACAAGGAGGAACUACUCUUAACAGGUGUAAAACUUGAGUAGGACCAGACUCAUGAUGAAUAGAGACUGUGUUGGGAUUAGAAAGAAGGAUUGAGGUAGAUUCCGAGAAAAAGAUGCUUAAGGAAUAAAAGUAAAAAUAAAGGAGGAGUUUAUUCAGAUAUCAAAUAAAAAAAACCUGAUCUGGUCUUAAAUUUAUCCAUUUUUAGUUGUACACAAUGUUAUACAAAAUCUUCAACAUGGUGUUUUCUCCUUCAGGGACCCCAGGUGUUGGAAAGACGACAUUAGGGAAGGAGCUCGCCCAGAGGACGGGACUGACCUACGUUAACAUUGGAGACCUGGCUAAGGAAGGUAAACACUGAUUAAAACUUGAAUAAUAUACUCGACUGGAUUGGUGAGAGUUCAGACUCACGCUGAAGCUGGUCUCAUGGUUUGUUUUCCUUUAACAGGACAGCUGUAUGAUGGUUAUGAUGAAGAGUACCAGUGCCCCAUCCUGGAUGAAGACGGGGUGAGUGUAACUUCUGAACACUCCUGAACCCCCACAGGGUAAAUUUGGAAGUUAGGUUAUAAUAGCUGGUCCUGUCUGUUUGUAAACUGGAUCCAUAAAACCUGUAGCCUCAAUGAAGGUGGUAUUACUUUAAGAUACACACAUCUGACUGCAUGAAAACAAAAACAGCUUAAAGUCCCUGUGGGUAUGAUUAGAGACAUUUCACCUCUCUGCUUCUGAAUCGUUUGAUCUUAUUAACUGAGCUGUAAUCCCACUGCUCAUUAUAACUGAUUCACCAUCACUUUUCACAACAUAUUCUGUUGGGAUUUUAAAAACUGAUUUCACUCCAACAAAUAAUCUUAAGAGAUGUUUUCAUAAGUGUGUUCUGGUUUUCUCUCAGUGUAACUUGACUCUUACAUGCUGCAGUUUUAGAGUGGGAUAUUUGCACAAGGGUUCCACCAGUGUUGUUGUUUUAGGGUCAGUACAGAUAUUCAUGUUCAUGAAAGAGUUGACUGACAUUUGUUUGUUUCAUAAAAAAAAAUAUCCAAGCUAUUUCAAUAGUAAUUAUUGCAGAUGAAGUAAAAGUAGCAAUAGGUCUUUGUGGGACAUUUACAGAAAUUGAAUGGUGUAUGAAAACAGAUCUAAAAGACAAGCCAGGAGCAGUGUAUUUCUCUAAUAGUUAAUUAGUUUAUCAGGUAUCAGUGACAUAAAAUACCCAUUCAGAUUAUCAGCUAAAUUCUGAAUGUUGGACCUGGUAGUCAUCAAUCCUUAAUUUACACCUCUGUUUAUGUCUUGUAUGCAGUAUUUGAGUUGGCUGGGUGGAAAAGCACUUUGUGUGUGUACUGGAGAUUUUCCAACAAGCGGUUCACUAUGGUUUAUUAGAGCAUAGUACUGCUUGAGUAUCAAUUUCCAAACAUAUCCUUAACUGGUAGGCAGAGGUGAUAAUCUCAAUGGUGAUAGAUGUUAGGGUUGUGUAAUAGUGGGAUAUCAUACCAGUAUUGCCUGCUGUUGAAUUUAAUGAAGAAGAGGAACGCUCCAGGCUGACAUCUUUCAACAAAAAAGAACCGUGGCAUUAUACUCUUCAAGUCCACGGUAUAUUUAAAAGUAAUGUUUUUUGUGUUUAUCUGCCACACGAGAAGUAACAAUUCUUUCAAUUUAUGAAUGGAUUUUAUGGUGGAACUAAACAGACUGCAGAAGGAUGCCAAAAAUAUAGGAUGGUACAAGCUGAUUAAUACCUUUGCCAACCUUUGACCGUAGAAAGGAAAAAGUUACAUUAAAAUAACAAAAAAACAGGUCCAUUUGUGAUUAAAAUCAUCUCCAGAUUUAAAUUUAUACCUGACAUUAACUCUGUGUCAUGUGACUCUGGUGCAGGUGGUGGAUGAGCUUGAUGAAAAGAUGGAGGAAGGAGGAAUGAUAGUGGACUAUCAUGGCUGCGAUCUGUUUCCUGAACGUUGGUUUCACAUCGUCUUCGUCCUUCGCACAGACAACACACAGCUGUACACGCGGCUUGAGAGCAGGUACCCUCCUCCUCCUCAUCACUACAAUCUAUCACUUCCACUUUAUCACAUUGUUCUUCAUCUUUACCCUGAGCCUCCAUCACUCUCAGAGACUUUUUGUUUCUCUUUCUGAAUACAUAAUGAAUACAUUCUCAGGGUAGAAGGACCAUUUCAUCCGCUAUGACAGAAAGUGUCUCUGAACAACACAGCCUACCCUACCUUUAAGGGCCGAUUGCUAUUAUCAGUAAUUGAUGAGACCAAUAAUCCAUGUUUGCAUCUGACAUGCAUUGACCGUAAAAAAGAAAAACUUCAUGUUGAAAUUUAAGGUCUGACAUAUUUUGAACUCUGACUUAAGAAUUUGCUUAAACACCUAAUACCUCAUUUCAUUGGCCAACUGCAAAUAAAAGGCAGAUAGGGCCUAUAAAUGGUCUGCCCACGUAAAAUGAGAGGGAAAGAAAAGAGAGAGAGAAUUAGAUAGAGGAAAGCCUUCAGUGUGAACACUCACCAAAAACCCAGAAAUGAUGUGGAUUACAGAACAGCCAGAGGGCUGCAGUGUGAGCGUGCCUCUCUGUGGAGGAAGUGAAUAAUAAAUCAUGUGAAUUGACAUUUGUGUUGCACAGCUAUUUCGAGAGUGUAAAAUCUGGAGCUAGUUUCGACUGAGUUUGUUAGAGUUGAUUUGCAGUCCUGUAUUAUUCCAGUCUGUCCCUGACCUUUAGCGCCAAAUCUCUCUUCAAAUAAAAGUAAUUCAAGCGCUGAUAUAAAAUGACAAAUUGUUGGUCCCGGUGUUGAUGUUACACCUUCAGGGAAGUGUUGUAUCAUUUUUUCAUCCAGCUCUUUGUGGAGGAGGUGGUGGUGUUGGGAAGCCACAUAGACACGUCAGCAUCCUCCUCUCCUCCACCAACUCUCUUUCAUAGAUAUCUCUGUAGUUACUAAUAAUCAGAAUAGUUUAAAUUGAGAGACAACAUCUCUUCAAGUUCACUCAUAGACACAUUUUAAGAUCAGGUUUUAGGAUAAAUCUUUGCCAUUCGAUCACUGAUGUGUUCUGAGAUCAAAUUUAUGUCAGUGUGUUCCUCAUCUUUUGUCUUACACAUUAAUGGUGUACAUGCAGACAUAUUGUCCCACCUGUAUAAUGAGAUGAGUCAUAGAUUGACUAAUCUUUCCUCUGUGUGUUGUUGAGAUAAACUUUUCCGUGUGUUUUGGCUGACAGGGGCUACACAGGAAAGAAGCUGCAGGACAACGUUCAGUGUGAGAUCUUUCAAACCAUCUAUGAAGAGGCCAUGGAGGCCUACAACCAUGAGAUUGUCCAUCAGUUGCCCAGCAACAGUCCUGAGGACCUGGAACAAAACCUGGACCAGAUCGUGCAGUGGACUGAGCAGUGGAUAAAGGACCACAACUAGAAAGCGGACUCCCGCUGGUUUCACCUUUAGGGCCUCAAACUGAACAUCAUUAUUUUCAUAGACUGUGUCAUCAUGCAGACUACCAGUAUGCUUAAAGUAUAAUCCCUAUCUUUUAUAGUCUGCUUCUGUCUCUGGUGUAACUGGGAUUUCUUAAAAAUGGACCUCAGUCAGUGCAUCAAAAUUCUGUCUAUUUGUAUAAAAAUUAAAGCAUGAAAAUAGAUUUGUCGCUGUAUCUUAGUGGUAAUAAAUACAGCUCAGUAUCUCACUGUGGCGGUACUUUCUGUGUCCUUUACACACUGUUGCUGGUCCUGGUCUGAUGUGGACUAGGCUCUGGAGCAGGUCUGCUUUAAAGGCCUCUUGAUCUUGAUAACAAAUGAAAUGUUGAAACUGGUGUAUACUGCUUUCCAUAAAAUACAUAGUUUGUUUAAUUUUGGUGCUGGAAACAUGUUCCAAAAAGUUAGGAGAGGGGCAUGUUUACCAAUGUGUUGCAUCACCUUUUUUAACAACACUCUGCAAACAUCUGGGAACCUGGAAAACCAGUUUUUGGAGUUUGGAAAGUGAAAUACUGUGAAAAUGAUUUCAGCUGCUAAAAAAGUUCAUGGUUUCACAUUUACCAUAUUUUGUUUCAUGAUACAUGAUACUCCAAAUGGUUUCAACGGAUAAUAAGUUAGACCAGCAAGGCAGGACUCUUCUACUACAGGGACAUGCUGUUGUAAUAUGCGCAGAGUGUGGUCAGGUAUUGUCAUGAUUAUUCAUGCAAGGUCUUCCCAUAAAAAGGAGAGGAUUCAAGAGAGAGGGAGGAAUAAGAAUAAGAAGAACUUAAUUAAUUCCUGAAGGGAAAUUCAAUUGUCUGUUGUCUCACAUAAUAUGUCUCUAAAAGUUAUCUACUAUUUACACAAGAGUUAUAAAGUCUAAUGGCUGUUGGUACAAAAGAUCUUUCUGUCCUGCAGCAAAGAGAGAGGAGCCGUCCACCACCAUUGGCCCUUUGGUCCAUCAAGAUGUUGUGAAGUGGGUGAUCCAUGUUCUUUAGAAUAGACUCCACCUUCCAUUUUCAGCUGUGACUUCAGAUCAGCCACCGAAUAGAUAUAAACAUGAUUGGUGGACUAAAGAAAAAUGGCAAAGAGUUUUGCAACUUUUUGUACCAUAUGUUUUCUCUUCAUGCCUAGUUAUUUAUUCUUUUCAUUCUUGGUAUAAAUUGUAAUUAAGUCUGAAAGUUUAGGGCUCCAUCUAUCUGAAUCACUUUUUUAUUCAUGUCAAAGUUUGUACAAGGAUGAUCCUCAAUAAGCAUCAGACUAGAAAGUGUUAUAACUUGUUAGCUGUUUAUGUACAGUUGAUCCAGCUAUGAACACAAACAGAUGAUUUAUAGUGAAGGAUGUCUUGUCUGCUUAAACUGAUUUCCUUGUUCCCUCUCUCUCUCUCGUACCUCUAAGCGCAUCCCUGACAAUAGGGAAUAAGACACGAGUGAACAACACCAUUAAAGUCAGUAAGAGGAGCUGCAGUUUGAAUGAUUACCUCAUUCAUGGUGUGCUUCUCUUCGGAGGCUGUCAUACUUUAAAAGUCACUCUGAUAUUCAGUGUUCUUUUGCUGUUUGUUUUUUUACCUCUCCCUUGUAUUAAACUAAAAGGCUCAAGAGAGCAGAUUGAA